AUGACAAAAUCCUAUAGUCCUGGUCCUGCUGCCUACCAACUGCCUUCUAGCAAUGUUAACAUGAAAAAAGCUCCUGCAUUUUAUAUGGGAAGGAAACUUCCCCCUAAAGGUGUUACAUCUACCUCUCCGGGUCCAGCUGCCCAUGCCGCACACAUGGUAAAAUAUGAUAAGCAAAGUACUCCAAGAAUCACUUUUGGUAUACGCCAUACUCCAUACAAAGCUCUUCCAGGAUUUGCUGCAGAGAAUUAACUUGGAUUCGAACAAUCUCAUACAAUGAAAUCGACAUAGCAAAAUAAGUUUAAUUCCAUCAAUAAUUCAUAAUUUUGUACUCAUCUCAGUAAAUAAGACCUAGAAUGAAUUAUCGAAUCAAUCACAAAUUUCAAAUAAAGGUUUUAAUAUCUAA